AGUGGUGACACCGCCGGGGUGCGGAGGGAGUCCCCGAAACUUCUCCCAGAGCCCCGGGGCCCGUCCCCCAGCCCACUCCCUCGCCGCCGCUCCCAGUCCCCACUCCCUGCGCCGGGGCGGGGUGGGGAGAGGCCCGUCUCCCGCGGGGACACACACGGGGGCCGGGAGCGGGACGGGACCCGAGGCGGGGGGCGGCCCGACGGACGGACGGCCGGGCGCCCGCCCCAGCGGGCAGGCGGCGGAGGCGGGGUGCGAGGGGAGGACCGGGUUGGGAGUUUCCCCCCAACUGUCGGGGGAACUGUCCCCGCAGCCGGAGGGAGGCCCGGACGGCGCCCUCCCGGGGCCGCGCUCCCCGCCCCGCGCAGCGGCCGCCGGCGCCUCCACCUCGGCCGCCUCUCCGCCUCCGCGGCCGCGGCCCCGGCCAGCACUAUGCCCAUCUUGCUGUUCCUGAUAGACACGUCUGCCUCCAUGAACCAGCGCAGCCAUCUGGGCACCACCUACCUGGACACGGCCAAAGGCGCGGUGGAGACCUUCAUGAAGCUCCGUGCCCGGGACCCCGCCAGCCGAGGAGACAGGUACAUGCUGGUCACUUUCGAAGAGCCGCCCUACGCCAUCAAGGCCGGAUGGAAAGAAAACCACGCAACGUUUAUGAAUGAACUGAAAAACCUUCAGGCCGAAGGACUCACGACACUUGGCCAAUCCCUAAGGACAGCUUUUGAUUUAUUAAAUUUAAAUAGAUUAGUAACUGGCAUAGACAACUAUGGGCAGGGAAGAAACCCUUUUUUCUUGGAGCCAGCAAUAAUCAUUACUAUUACUGAUGGGAGCAAGUUGACCACUACCAGUGGAGUCCAGGAUGAGCUCCAUUUACCUCUUACCUCCCCUCUGCCCGGGAGCGAGCUGACCAAGGAGCCUUUCCGCUGGGACCAGAGGCUCUUCGCGUUGGUGCUGCGGCUGCCAGGCACCGCUUCGGGGGACCCAGAGCCCUUGGCCGGCGUGCCUCUCGACGACUCUGCCAUCACGCCCAUGUGCGAGGUGACAGGCGGGCGCUCGUACUCUGUGUGCUCCCCAAGAAUGCUUAACCAGUGCCUGGAGUCCUUGGUGCAGAAAGUGCAGAGUGGGGUGGUGAUAAACUUUGAGAAAGCAGGACCAGACCCUUCCCCUGUAGAAGAUGGGCAGCCAGACGUAUCAAGGCCUUUUGGACCUCAGCCUUGGCACAGCUGCCAUAGACUCAUAUAUGUCAGACCGAAUCCUAAAACUGGGGUUCCUAUAGGUCAUUGGCCUGUUCCAGAAUCUUUUUGGCCAGAUCAGAAUUCUCCAACACUACCACCUCGUACAUCUCAUCCUGUAGUGAAGUUUUCCUGUACAGACUGUGAACCGAUGGUUAUUGACAAGUUGCCUUUUGACAAAUAUGAGUUGGAACCUUCACCUCUGACUCAGUUUAUCCUGGAAAGGAAAUCUCCUCAAACAUGUUGGCAGGUGUAUGUGAGCAAUAGUGCAAAAUAUAGUGAACUUGGCCAUCCCUUUGGUUACUUGAAAGCCAGCACAGCCCUGAACUGUGUCAACUUAUUCGUGAUGCCUUACAAUUACCCCGUCCUCCUCCCCCUUUUAGAUGACUUGUUCAAAGUGCAUAAGGCGAAACCGACACUGAAGUGGAGACAGUCAUUCGAGAGCUACCUGAAGACGAUGCCCCCGUACUACCUUGGGCCUCUGAAGAAAGCGGUCAGAAUGAUGGGAGCCCCUAGCCUAAUAGCAGACAGUAUGGAAUACGGGCUGAGUUACAGUGUCGUUUCGUACCUCAAGAAACUGAGUCAGCAGGCCAAAAUAGAAUCUGAUCGAGUCAUUGGAUCUGUAGGCAAAAAAGUAGUACAGGAGACUGGCAUUAAAGUCCGAAGCCGAUCGCAUGGUUUAUCAACGGCCUACAGGAAAGAUUUCCAACAACUCCUCCAGGGGAUCUCGGAGGAUGUUCCUCACAGGCUGCUAGACCUUAAUAUGAAGGAGUACACUGGCUUCCAGGUUGCUCUGCUCAAUAAGGAUUUGAAGCCACAGACCUUUAGGAACGCGUAUGAUAUUCCCAGACAGAAUCUUCUGGACCACUUGACAAGAAUGAGGUCUAAUCUUCUGAAGAGCACCCGCAGGUUUCUUAAAGGACAGGAUGAAGAUCAAGUGCACAGUGUUCCUAUAGCACAAAUGGGGAAUUACCAGGAAUACCUCAAGCAAGUACCUUCUCCCCUGCGAGAACUCGAUCCUGACCAGCCGCGGAGGCUGCAUACGUUUGGCAAUCCCUUCAAGCUGGAUAAGAAGGGUAUGAUGAUAGAUGAAGCAGAUGAAUUCGUGGCUGGACCUCAAAAUAAGCAUAAACGGCCUGGAGAACCAAAUAUGCAAGGGAUCCCGAAAAGGCGCCGCUGUAUGUCCCCCCUGCUGCGCGGCCGGCCGCAGGGUCCCGUCGCGAACAACCACAUCGGAGGAAAAGGGCCGCCGGCGCCUGUGGCACAGGCCCGGCCGGAUCUCAUUAAACCCCUGCCUCUUCACAAAAUUUCAGAAGACACUAACGAUUUGACAAUAGACGAUGUGGUUGAAAAUCACGUGGCCGACCACCUUUCACCAGAUGUGACACCAGACGCUGUGGGUACCGACUUCUCAGCAUCUUCUGCAGCCAGCUCACUGGAACGACCAGCCAAUCACACAGAGGCUCUGGCUCAUGACCAUCUAGGAACCGAUGACCUUAGCAUUGGUGGGUUUUUAGAGAAUCACGAGGAGCCAAGAGAUCAAGAACAGUGUCCUGAAGAGAAUGUACCAGCAUCUUCCCUCAACAAAGGAAGGAAAUUGGUGCACUGCAGAAGCCACGAGGAGGUCAACACCGAACUAAAAGCACAAAUAAUGAAAGAGAUCCGAAAGCCGGGGAGAAAAUAUGAAAGAAUCUUCACUUUACUGAAGCAUGUUCAAGGCAGUUUACAAACAAGACUAAUAUUUUUACAGAAUGUCAUUAAAGAAGCAUCAAGGUUUAAAAAACGGAUGCUAAUCGAACAACUGGAGAACUUCCUGGAUGAAAUUCACCGGAGAGCCAAUCAGAUCAACCAUAUCAACAGCAAUUAGAAGGAAACAGUCUGUGGCCGCCGUGUCACUGUCCUCUCCAAACACAAAGUAAACCCCAGGCUGCCGUGGUCUCGCACUCAUUGACAUGCACUGCUGGCUGGCUGAGAUGCUAGGAGCAAGUCCGCAGACCCCUUCCCAGCAUUUCACAGUGACCUUUUCUGCAUUUUGGUUUAUUUUCGUAAUGUGAAAAGUAUCACUCAAACAUAUUUAACAAACUUAAAAUAUUCCUCCAAAUCUCUUGCUUGUCAUCAACUCUUGCGUGUCAAUUUCCCUCAGGUUCUAUUUUCUUAAACCAACCUUUAAAAUUGUCACCUCUGUUAAGGUUGAACUUUGCCAAAAAAAAUUUAAAAAGUUACUUUGUAAUUUUUGGGGAAAAAGCACAUACAUUAAAGCUAGGUAAUGUUUUGUAUAUACAGUUAUUUUGGAUAUAUUAUUGUAAGUUGUACAAAUGUAUUUUGAAGAAUAUUUAAGAAAAGCACUUUUGUUAUUCCAUCAAUAAAUGCUCUAUUUUACUCUUG